CUCGCUCUUCUUCCAUUUCAAAUCUCCCAACUCUCUCUCUCUGUGUUCAAAAUUAGGGUUUAAUUCCAGAAAUUACGAAUUCAGUAGCCAAUCCUCCGGAUCAUGUCGGCAUCAACGGUGUCUCUCUCCGCUAACCCGACGGCGGCGAUUAGACGGACGCCGGUAAUCUCCGGCGAUAAGAAAUCCACCCUCGAUUUCCCGCCGAGCGAAUCGCACGCCAAUCCUCCCACCGGAGAAUCGAACCCCGAUCUGAUUCGCGGCGACGCCGCCGAGAGAUCCAACAGCUUCGACGUGGGACCGGUGAUAAGAAAGUCGGGAUCCACCACCGCGGCGGGGACCAAAACGACCGCCACGACGCAGCGACGUACGCGGAAGGCACAGGGGACGACUAAGACGGAGAAGAUGCCGUGGACGAGAGUGGUUAGGGUGUUCGCUAAGCAGUUUGGCGCUCUUCUGUUACUCGCUGGGUUGAUUCAGUUAAUUAGGAAAGUGACCGUAAAGGAGACGAAUUUACCUUCUUAUCCCUCGAGUUUCCCGAUCGAGACGGAGAUGGGUUUGUCGGAACUAGAGAGCAGGAUUGCGGCGGUGGAUGGUUUGGUUAAGACCACGACGAAGAUGAUGCAGGUACAAGUCGAGUUUCUUGAUAAGAAGAUGGGAAGCGAGACGAGAGCACUUAGGGAGACGAUCGAUUCUACAUCGUCUGCGUUGGAGGAUGAACUUAAGAAGGUUGAUUCUAAGGUAGAUAGGUUACAGGCUUCUAUAGAAGAAGUUAAUUCUAGACCUUUGGUGUCAAGAGAGGAGUUAGAGAGGGUUUACGAGGAACUGAAGAAGGGUAAGGUCGAUGAAUCUUCUUUUAGUAGCGAUGUUAGCAUUGAUGAAUUGAGGGCUUAUGCUCGUGAGAUAGUGGAGAAAGAGAUUGGGAAGCAUGCUGCGGAUGGUCUUGGACGAGGUGACUAUGCGUUGGGGACUGGUGGGGCUUUUGUGAUGGAUCAUUCGGAUCCGUAUCUCGUUGGAAACGUGGGUCAUUGGUUUGGGACAGGCAGGCGACGGGUUCAUAGCAAAGCGGUUAAGAUGUUGACACCGAGUUUCGGGGAGCCUGGACAGUGUUUUCCUUUGAAAGGAAGUAAUGGGUUUGUUCAAGUCAGGCUAAGAGCACCGAUAGUACCAGAGGCUGUUACUUUGGAACAUGUCUCUAAGGCUGUGGCGUAUGAUAGAUCGAGCGCUCCGAAGGAUUGUCGUGUAUCAGGAUGGCUAGAAGACAAAGAUACGGAGAGUGAGACAACAAGGCUCCUUUUAACAGAGUUCACUUACGACUUGGACAGGUCCAACGCACAAACUUUCGACAUUGCGGAGUCUGCUCACUCGGGACUCGUCGACACUGUGAGGCUAGACUUCACAUCAAACCAUGGAAGCGACUCACACACUUGCAUCUACCGAUUCAGGGUUCAUGGCCGUGAACUAGACUCGUUCUCUGCUGUUCAUGCUUGAUCUAUAUCUCCACGUUGAACUCCUCUUUGUAACAUUCCCUCGUAGAUAUCUUUCUUUUUUCUUUUCUUACUUUUGUGUAAUAGGAAACACAUCGAUUUUAUUUUAAAUCUGUUCUAGUUCGGUUUA